AUGAUUGAAACAGAGGAAAAAUUGAAUCCACCCAGUCAAGAAGGUCAAAAGCAAUCAUUACCAACAAUAGUACACAUGAGAAAAUGGAUGAGUAGUGCUGACGUGAAAUGUGGUCAACGACGUGAUUCAAAACAUCAUUCAAUUAAGGACCGCAAAUUUGUUACUUCCACAGCUAAUUUUACGAACCCUAAGUCAACAAGUAAACUUGGACCAGCAAGCAGUUUCAGCGCUUCACAUUAUUCAUCAUCAUGUUUCCGAUUAAAAUCACAAGAACCAUUAUAUCUGCAUGAGAAAGGUAUCCUACAAGUUCCUGUUAAUGGGAAAAAAAUAAAACUUCCAGUGCCAGAUUCCAUGACAAACUUUGACCUUUCUCGUGAGCUUGAUGCUCCUUCAUGUCAACCGUCACUUGAUUGGGUUUACGGAUAUCGAGGCAAAGAUUGCCGUGGAAACUUGCAUGAGUUACCCACCGGUGAAAUUGUUUAUUUUACUGGGACUAUUGUGGUACUUCAUAAUAUAAAAGAAAAGUUGCAACGAUAUUAUGCAAAGCAUACCAGUGAUAUUAAGUGUAUGGCAGUUCAUCCAAACAGACUUCACGUGGCUACGGGACAAACAUCACGGCGUUUCCGAGAAAAAACACGUUUUAGUAUUCAUCGUUCUCCAAUAUCAUCGAUUACAGAAUUGAACAAUAUAUUGGAAGCUGAUCAGUACAGGGCUCACGUACGCAUUUGGGAUUCAGUAACAUUGCAAACCUUAUGCGUAAUUGGAAUGGAAGGAAAUUUUGAUCGAGGUGUUCAGUGUUGUGCGUUUAGUCGCGGUACAAAUGGUAUUUACUUGGCAGUCAUUGAUGAUUCUUACGAACAUACCCUUAGCAUUUGGGAUUGGCGCCAAGAGAAAAAACUCAUUGAAGCUAAGAGUGCUAAUGAUCAAGUUUUUGCCUGCGAGUUCCAUCCACUUUCCACAAAUAUGCUGCUAUCAUAUGGGAAGGGUCAUUGUAAUCUCUGGACUGUAAGUAAUCAAAAGGUCAUCAAAAAACCUAUCAUAUUCCAGGGUCGAAAUAAACCAAAAUUAGUACUUUGCUCACAGUUCACUGAAUAUGGUAACAUAAUAACAGGGGAUUCAAAUGGUACGUUAACCCUUUGGGACACCAGUGAAGUUGAAAUGAUUCGACAAGCACUGAAUGCUCACGUUGGUGGUGUAUGGGCGUUAUGUUCCCUUAAAAACGCACAUUUUUUAUCCGCGGGAAAAGAUGGAAGCUUAACAGAAUGGCAGACAAAUGAUUUAACAAAAUUACGUGUUCUUAGCAUGUUUUCUGUACAAGAAAGUGGCUAUAUCCGAACUAUUGUAUGUACUUCUGAUUUUCAGUUAUUGAUAGGUACCACUCGAAAUAUAAUUUGGAAUGGUACUGUAGAAAAUGGUUUUGAACCAAUUCAACAAGCUCAGGUCAGUACUUUGAUGCACAUAACUGCUCAUCCUAAAAAACCACAAUUUCUUGCUUCUUGCGCUAAUGACAAUAAACUUUGUCUCUAUGAUACAAAAUUAAAAACUGUUAUUUGGAGUUUACAAGUUGUGCAGGAUGCUAUAUGUUGUGCCGAUUUUCAUCCAGAAGGUGAUAUAUUUGUUACCGGCUUCAAUAAUGGGUCAUGGGCCGUGUAUGACUUCACGUCACAAGUGCAACUUCACGUAGUUCACGAGCAAGUAAAGAAUGUUAUUACAGUCGUGCGAUUUUCUGCAACUGGUCUUUUUUUAGCAGUUGCAACGAAAGAGAAAAACUUAUCCGUCUAUGUAUUCUAUGGAAAAUACCAUUCUUGCGUUAAGAGAGCGGAAAUUACGGAUUUAAAUUCUUCAUUGAUAACUAUAGACUGGGCUGCAAAUGACACUAUGUUGCGGGCGAACGAUGAAAAUUAUCAACAUUACAUUUGGAAUUCAAGCAAUGGUAAGCCAGUUAAAGUAGAGGAAGCGAAGGAUGUCAUAUGGGCUUCAGCAAGAUGUCAAAUUUCUUUUGAGAAUGCUUGCAUUUCUUGGGCUUUAUUAGGAUCUAUCGCAGCAAUAGAACGUAGUCCAGAUGAGCAGUAUAUUGCAGUAGCUCUCAAAAAUGGUACAUUACGCUUUUAUCAGUAUCCUACGACAACGACAUUGGCGUCAUACAGGGAAACUUAUAAUUAUAGCAUUUCAACACAAAAUGUUACUUUUGUUGGAGAUGUACUGGUUAGUGAUAGUGGCGAUGAUGGCACCAUUUAUCAAUGGAAAUUAUCUAAAACUGAUUUUUCAAAAAAGAUAUCAUAA